UGUAUCUGCGAGAGGAACGACGUGGCACUGUGUCGGGUGGCAGUGUGACUCUGUGGCUGUGCAGUGGCUCUCAGUGGCUCCGAGUCGACGCGUGGAAAGACCAACCCAGCCAACUCCCGCCUCGCUAAGAACGCGUCGCUCACUCCCGUCGCCAUCUCUCCAGGAAACCAAGAUGGCGAACCUAGCGUCUACUGUUGCGAUGCUUCUAGCGGUUUCUGCUAUCGUCUUCCUAGCGGUGAGCAACAAGCGCGUGAACGAGGCGGCGCUCGCGAAUAAAGUGGAGGUGGAGAGAAGAGUUGCUGAAAAAGACGAUGACAUCAAGAACUGCCAGACAUCUGUCAGCGAGAAGUCCAACCAGAUCUCGGCCCUGAAGACAAAGGUGGACGGGGUCAAGGAACAAGUGAAGCAAGUUCAAGCCGAGAUUAACCCUAUCGCCGGAGUCAGCGAGAAGGAAGUCGAGGCACUGUCGCAAGAACUCGCCGCACUGCAGACGAAGUUUGAGGAAGUUAACGCUCAAAUAGCCGGCCUGGGGAGCACCUCGACCUUAGGCACUACGGUGUAAAUUCAACCCUUUUCGAAGUUGCUCCUGGAAGGCAGUGGGAAGUUUGUGCAGGGGAGGAAUGAAGGGAAGAAAGAAAGAAUGGAAAUAGGAAUGAAAGAAAGAAAGGAAGGAAAGUAGGGAAUGUAGAAGGAAUGAAUGAGAAAAAAGAAAGGAAGGAAGGAAUGAAGGAAAAAGAGGGAAAGAAAUUAUGAAUUAUUGCCUGUGGUCCGCGACCUCUUGUACUAUUAAUUUAUUUUUUACUCGAAAGACACACACGGUUUAUUUUGUGUGUGUGUGCAUGUGAGUGUGCAUGUGAGUGUGUGAGUGUGUAUGUGAGUGUGUGAGUGCAUGUGAGUGUGUGAGUGUGCG